CGUCGGAGUCCGGAGUGUGUGUGAGUGUCUGAAGCGCGCGGAGGAGAUCGGAGCUCUGGAGGAACACACACACACACACACUGAGCGCGAGUCUAGGCCAUGCAGAGCCAUCUCUCUCUAAGUCUGAUCUGUGUGUUAGGACUCCUGAACACACACACACACGGAGCUGAACAUGACGCGGGGCGCAUUGACACAGGUCCAGUCGUGCCCCCUCACCUGACCGGAUGUCGUUCCAGGGAGUUGGUGACGUUCCGUUGUUGGUGGAGCUCUGGGACGUUUUCUAACCUUAGUGAGCCUGGAGCGCUCGGCCUCUUCUUCCAGAAGAAAAUCAUUCCCUCCAGUGAGUGGCAGGAGUGUCCUGAAUACACACCCUCUGUACAGAACGAGUGUUACUUCAGCAGAGACUUCACACAGAUCUGGAAGAUGUACUGUGUCCAGCUGCGCUCCACUACACACAACGUCACGUACGACGAACAGUGUUUCACUGUGGAGAACAUCGUGUACCCCGACCCCCCCAUCAGUCUGAACUGGACGCUGCUGAACGUCAGUCGGUCUAGGAUGAACUUUGACAUCAUGGUGCGUUGGGCUCCGCCCCCUUCAGCGGAGGUGCAGACCGGCUGGAUGAAUCUAAAAUACGAAGUCCAUUACCGCGUCCAGAACUCCUCCCACUGGGACAAGUUGGACCUGGAGAGUGGGACCCAGCAGUCGGUCUACGGGCUCCAAACGGGGAAACACUAUGAGCUCAGGGUGCGCUGUACCAUGUCCGCCUUUAAGAAUUUUGGGGAUUUCAGCGACAGCGUCUUUGUCCACAUUCCAUCCAUGUCCAGCCAAGAGUCGAUGCUCCCCAUGAGGCUGCUGAUGAUCCUGGGUGUUGUGGUGCUGCUGAUCUUUCUCAUCCUCAUCCUCCUCUCACAGCAGCACAGGUUGAUGGUGAUCUUGCUCCCUCCUGUUCCAGCUCCUAAGAUUAAAGGGAUCGACCCGGAGCUGUUAAAGAAAGGGAAGCUGGACGAGUUGAACUCUCUGCUCAGCAGUCAGAACAUGUACAAACCCCACUCGUAUCCUGACGACUCCUGGGUCGAGUUCAUCCAGAUCGAUUUAGAAGAAGUGGCCGAGAAGAACGAGAGCUCGGACAAGCAGCGCCUGCUCGGCCCCUCCCGACACGGCUCCGUCCGGUGCCCGGACUCCGCCCACAAAGGGGACGACGAUUCCGGUCUCGAGAUGGAACCUGAGAGGGAAGAGCGCCACCCUCUGGUCAGCAGGAGCGACUCGACACUGACUCCGGAGUCACAAAUCGAGAUUGAAAAACAAUUGGAAAGAAACGAUGGGAACAACUGGAUGAACAUGGACUUUUACGCACAGGUGAGUGACGUCACGCCAGCAGGGGGCGUCGUCCUCGCACCUGAGCAACAGAACAACACGCUAAGCAAGAAAAAAGAAGAAGAAAAGGAGGAGGACAGGAAAAAGAAGAAGCUCGAUAUUCAGCUCAUGGUGAUCGAUUCUAACGGUGGAUAUUCGUCCGAGAAUGUCGCCCGCCAUCUCGUUCCCGACUCGCCGGCCAAUCAGGAUCCGGAUCAGCCGUAUCACAUCCUCAGCCCUGAUGUCGAGGAGGAGAAGCAGGUGUCCUCCUAUAUCUCUGAGCCCCCCCCGCCCUUUACUCCUCUCCCAGACUACACAGUCGUGCAGGAAGUGGACGAGCAGCACAGUCUCCUCCUCAAUCCUAAUUCCGCACCCCAGCCCCCGCCUGGCCCUCAGAAUCCCACCAAGUCUCCCCCAAACAUGCCUGUUGGGUAUCUCACACCAGAGCUGCUGGAGAACUUCACCCCAUGAGUGUGUGAGUGUGUGUGUACAAGCCUGCUCUCUGACUGCUCCAAAGUCGCUACAUCAUGGCUGCUGUAGUCUGAACGUCGGCCAUAUUUGUGACGGAGUCUGUGGUGUAUAUGGCCAUGCUGUGGGGAAAAAUAACCAAUGAGCCAUGUGUGUGUGUGUGUGUGUGUAUGUGUGUGUGUUGGUGACAUUUAAACAGUUUAGCACAUAUAUGCAUGUUCAAUGCAACACAGAGAUUUUACCUCCUGAUGAGACCUGUGCCAAUAAUCAUACAUCACUUAAUCCCAAUACAAACCAUUACAAACCAUUACAAUCCCAUUACAAACCCAUUACAAACCAUUACAAUCCCAUUACAAACCAUAACAAACCCAUUACAAACCCAUUACAAACCAUUACAAUCCCAUAACAAACCAUUACAAACCCAUUACAAACCAUUACAAACCCAUUACAAACCUAUUACAAACCAUUACAAUCCCAUUACAAACCAUUACAAACCCAUUACAAACCAUUACAAACCAUUACAAUCUCGUUACAAACCAUUACAUACCAUUACAAUCCCAUUACAAACCAUUACAAUCCCAUUACAAUCCCAUUACAAACCAUUACAAUCCCACUACAAACCAUUCCAAACCAUUACAAUCCCAUUACA